UGCAGAGGACUGUAGUAUGAAGAUUUAACUUAUCAGCAAAAUGCUGAGGACCUGGAUAUUGCUUGUGCUGUCCCUGCCCCAAUUUGGAACUUUUGAGAGAAAUUUCUCUUCAAAAUGUCUAGAAGAUACCAAUAAAUUUCUAGAGGACCUUCAGUCUGAAACGCCCCAAAUGUACGCCUUAUUAAUGUAUGAUUCCAUCGGAAAAGAAGGCAGCAAUAUUCUCCAUGGAAAUAUCGAUCAACUGGGGUCCUACAGUGAGUGUACCUCAGCUCAAAAUCCUUCUGGAAAGUUUAGUGGACAAUAUUGUAAACUGGCAAUUCAACAGGGCAAGAUUGACUAUAGUGUUGCUAUUUGUGUUCCCAGUUCUUGUAAGAACGAAGACAUAAUGAUGCUUGAAUGGCUUGGUUUUUUCAAGUACCAGAACAUGUCUUUCAUAUCUCCUUCUCCAGUUUUUUCAUUCCUUGUGACUAACAAUACAUACAGAGUGAAAAACGUGUUUUGCCAAAAUAACGUUCCUAAUGUUGAUGUCUUUGUCAGUGUUUGCAUGUUUGUUGUUAUCCUUUUCGUUAUCAUGACCAUAUCUGGGACGAUUUUUAUUACAAUAAAAGAUUGGAAGAGAAAAUCAGUUGGUAACAAACUGAAGGACAGCUUAAGUUUAGCUCACAAGCACUAUGGGACAGUUUCAUUUUAUAAAAUAAAUGGUCAGCAAUUACAAGCAAAUAACCCAAAAUCCAAGUUUGAUUCACCAGAACAUAAUCCAAUGGAAACAACAGAAAAUAAUAAUGGAGUAGAUAAACGUGUCUUGGAAUGCUCCUGCACAGCUGAACAUGGAAUAGCCCCUGCCAUCACCAUCACCUCAGGUGAUUUCUUCAACUGGAUGCUGACGAGCUUUGCCAUACAAAAUAGUAUCCCUGUCCUGUUUCGCGCUAAGAACACUGUGAGAUCAUAUUCAGUGAUAAAUGGGAUCCGAGUGCUGAGUUUACUCUGGAUAAUUUCAGGACAUGUCUGUCAUUUCAUUUUAUUUAAUAAUCUAGAUAAUCCAGUACAGUGGUUGGUGUCUGUCCCAAAUAAUGUCCUUUAUAUUUUCUCUCUUGGCGGUCCAUUCUAUUUGGCAGUGGAUAGUUUGUUCCUGAUUAGUGGUUUGCUGAGUGCAAGAACACUAUUAAAUAUGCAUCAUCAACCUGAGAAAGGUCUGACCUUCAAAAUUCUAAAGGACUAUGUUAUUAGGAGAUUACAGAGAAUUCUACCACUUUAUACAUACAUGAUGUGCUUAUUUAUUGGAAUGUGUUCACUUAUUCCCUGGAAGUCUUUGGGAGAAAAUGCAAAGUCCCAGUUGGAUAACUGCAAGAGAUCCUGGUGGACAAACCUGUUGUUUCUUAACAAUUUUGUUAUGAUUGAACAACGUUGUAUGGGUUGGACAUGGUAUCUUGCAAACGACUUCCAGUUCUACAUCACAACACCGCUUUUCGUCUUUCUACUGUACAGGAAUAGGUUGUUCAUGAUUGCCCUUGCAGGAUUUCUGUUGUUGACUUGUUUCAUUGCCACUGCUUUGAUCUCCUGGUUCUUCAAACUGCCAAUAGGACUUCACUUUGAUUCCAGACUGCUUACACAUGAAGUGUACAAUGUACAAUACUAUACAAAGCCUUAUUGCCGUUAUGGUCCAUUUUUAAUUGGAAUUAUGUUGGGCAUUUUAUUGCAUCACAGAGAAACAUCUUUGCUGAAAACCAAGGCUUCUGUUCUUGCUGGUUGGCUGUGCUGUCUGGCGACAAUGACUGCUGUGAUAGCAUUUGGAUAUGCACUGGAUGACUCAAUUGAAUACUACUCUGUUCUUCCUGUGCUGUACCAGGCACUUCACAGAUCGGUAUGGGCUGCUGCAGUAGGGUGGAUCAUACUUGCAUGUGAAGAAGGAUAUGCAGGUUUUAUUCAGAGUUUGCUAUCCAGCAAGUUAUGGAUCCCACUAGCCAAUCUCAGUUAUGCGUGUUUUCUAAUACAUCCUGCUCUCAUUGAAUUGUACAAUGGGCUGCAAGAGACACUCCUUCAUUACACAGACAUCAACAUGCUUUACCUCUUCAUAGGUCAUACAGUUUUGGCACACAUUCUAGGACUGGUGCUAUGUAUACUCAUUGAAAAUCCUGUUCAAAUGUUAAGAAAAUACUUCUGAUGAUUCAGUUCUACAGAGCUCCAAUCAUGUCUUCAGUACAUCCUCACCUGAAGAUCCAACUUUUUGAUUUUGUCUUCAAGGCUGUGAUGGACUGAAAUAUUGAAUCUUCAAGGCCCAACUUUUAAAGAAGAUCUAAAUCUUUGAUGGCAUAGGCAAAGAUAAUUUUUAACACUUCUUGUACUCUUGACACUGUUUAAGAAAAGGUGAUCACAAGGUAUAUUUAGCACGAGGUUCAUGUCUUAGCCCUGGUCUUAUUGUCUUAGAACAGUUCUGCUUGAGAUGUAUGUCACUCAUUUGAAUUUAUUUGUUAAUGCAACACAGCUGAGGAUUGAUUUUUAUGUA